AUAACUUAGUGUAGUAAUCAUGGAUUCAUUGCAAACACCUACAGAAAAUAGAAGCGAAGAAAAUGACAGUGAAAUCCAUAACAAAGAAGUUGAUAUUGCUCGAAUCGAGGCCCUGCUUACGCCGGAACAAGUGUUUAGUGAUAGUGUUGCGAGAAAACGGAGGAGAUUUACGAAAAGGCGAAGUACAAGCUUGACAAGACGAGAGACGACACCGGCAAAAAAUGCAGAUGAUAAGCUCACGACUACUUCCGACGAGGACAUUCCCGAACGAAAACCGAAAACUCCCGAAAGGCGGCGUCCAAGAAGAACCAGAUCAGCAACUAAAAGAGACGCGAGUGAAACGGAAUCGGAACCUAAUCGAGCUAAAGUAGAACGCCAUAUAAGACACAAUAAUUUCAAUGGAAAUGAUUCCAAAAGUAAUGCUAAUAAAGACAAAAUUAUCCCAAAACCUCUGGAGGAUAAGAAAAAAAGAGAAAGUUUAUCGGACAUAGCUCAAGCAGAGGUACUAUCAUUUUUAAACAAAACAAAAAAAUCUCUUACUGCAGCUGCUAUUCGAGGCAGGGACCGAUUCAGGAAAACUGAAAAAGAAUUAGUCAAAAGGAGUCAGUCUGCUCCACAUCAAUUUACUGAAGAAGAGUUAAUUGAAAGUUUCAAAAAAGCACAACUUUUAAGCGUGGAAAAUGCAGAAAGGCCAAGAAAAUAUUCUGACUCGAGUUUACGAUCACUCACUCCAGAAAUUCCUUUUGAACCUAAACCUUUUAGACCAGAAGUCCAAGCAUUUGUCAGGCAAAGAAAAAAAGACAAACAAUUUUCUACAAAAAUUAUAGAAGUACUUGACCCCAAAACAUCUUUCGUUAUAUCUAGGAAAACUAUUGUCAAACCAGACUUCAAAUUGAAAGAUUUAUUUUCUAAUCUUCGAAUGCUUUCUGUUUUUGAAAUCCGCAGAAAUUAUAAGGCUUAUAAACUAGAAAUGAAGGAAGAAUACAAAAAAAUCCGUAAGCUUUGGAACAAAUGCAUGUGUGAGCUUUUCCUUAUUAUGGUUCUAUGUGGAAUUGGUGGCAUAAUAUUUAAAUUUACUGAGGGCAGUUUUGAAACAUUUUACAAGUGCGGAGUGAAAAGAGUUAAGAGAGAUUUUAUUGAUUUACUGUGGAUUAAAAGUCAUAACUUAAGGGAAGAAGACUGGAAAUCAUUAGCUAGAAAUAGGUUGAGGAUAUUCGAAGAGGAACUGCACACUGCGCACGAGGCUGGAAUGACCAGUUACAGUGGACAAAGAUCUUGGAGCUUUUUGAAUGGCGUUGUAUAUGCACUAACCGUCAUUACAACUAUUGGUUACGGACAUCUAUUUCCAAAGACAAUAACGGGAAGGGCACUUACUAUAGUUUACGCACUUAUUGGAAUUCCUCUUUUCCUUAUAGCCUUAACUGAUUUCGGUAAACUGUUCACAAGGGGUAUAAAGUUCCUGUGGUCCUUUGUAAGAAGGCUUUAUUAUACUGGUAGCUGCAAGAAGGUCAGGAAGACAGCACAUAUGAAUGAAAUAUUCAAAGGCGCUCAACUGAUGUACGAAAUAGCAACAUUCAGAAGGCCAUCAGUAUACGACGCUGAAAAUGUUCCGCCUCAAUUUCCUCAUCCUGCCGUUGCAACGCCAAUUGGCUCCAUAGAAGGAGUUGCUGAUACAGACACCCCCACAACACCCGCCUUAUCGAAUUUCGAAAUAGACGAUGAAUUUAAUUUACCAAUUACCGUGGCACUAUUUAUUCUCAUAUCUUACAUUUUCAUUGGUGCCUUGAUAUAUUGCGCUUGGGAAGGUUGGAACUUCUUUGCCUCAUUUUAUUUCGUGUUCAUUUCCAUGUCCACAAUUGGAUUUGGAGAUUACGUACCAACGCAUCCCAUUUGCAUGAUUGUUUCAAUCGUUUAUUUGGUUUUUGGAUUAGCUCUUAUGACCAUGUGUAUUAAUGUCGUACAAGAAAAGCUCAGUGAUACUUUCAAAAGAGCGUCCGCAAAACUUGGAGCCACUAUGGGAAUUGAAGUUGAAGAUGAUGGUAGUGUAACCACAGUGCCUCCUGAAAUAGUUGAAAUGCCAGAUGUACAUAAUUCUGUCACUGUCUCUGGCAAUACAGAUAACAUUGUUGAACUUGACAAAACUAAAUAAUAUGAAUGCAGAUCAAUUUUGUGAUAAUAAACAUAUUUAUCUUUAAUAAUUCUAUGAAAAUGUUCGCUAUAUAUUUUAUGACACUGUUAUGCAAUUGUAAAAAAAUAUAUUUGACUGUUAAAUUCUUUCACAUUAUAUAUUUAAAAUAUCGAUCUUUGCAUCUCAUGCACAACAUUCUCCAUAUUGAAAGUUAAGUAUUAUUCAGAAAAUGCGAAAUGAAAUAAUUUUCUACAUACUACCUAUAAACAUAUUGAUUUAGUUUUACUAGAAUAUAAAUAAUAUGAGUGAGAUU